AAAUAAACCCACACCGCCGCACACCCCAUCGUCAACCUCACCCUAAGCUCAUCUUCCCACCUCUUCCCACACCCUCCGCCCCGAAGGAAAACAGAAAGAAACGAGAAUGGCACCACUCCGCCGCCGCCUACGGGCAACUAAGAAGAAAGAGGAAGAAGCGGACUCGCCGGAUGCGAGCGAGAAGCGCGCACCGCCUGCUGCGUCUAGCACUCGCGCCCAGCAGCAGCAUAAUAAAUCACAGACAAAUACCUCCCGCGGCCUCAACAGCAACGUCAGCGUUGCCGUCUCGCCUGUCCCCCCGCCGCCGCCUUUGAAAUCACCUAAACGGGCGUCGUCGUCGCCGCACACGUCGCCUACACAGCCGUCGUCUGCGUCGGCGGUGAUGAUUGCAAAGAUCGCGCCGGCGGCGUCGCCGUUUGCGGAAAGACCUGGGGUGAGGCGGUCGCCAAGGUUGAAUAAUGCGGGUGGUGCGCAGACGGGGGCGGGGAGGAGGAGGCUACAGCAGGAACAGCAGGAGAUGGAGGUGGAGAUGGAGAUGGGGUCGCCUAGGGAAGUGCGGUUGCGAUCGGAGCAGCAGCAGCAGCAACAACAACAGAGAAGACAGCAGCAGCAGCAGGUACAAAUGUCGCCCGUACAAUUGACAUCUCCAUCAUCAUACCGCCAGCCUCGGAUAUCUCCUCAACAUCAGCAACAGCAGCGGCCACAGCACGCACUACCUGUCGUCUUGCCAUUGCGAUCAAGUACUCAACCGCGGGUUCAGACCGCGCCCAGAUCAAAGCCAGCAAAUCAACCAACCAGUCGCGAAGAGCAAAUUGAGAGGCUUGAGCUCGAACUACAAGAACGCCGCGAGAGACUACGAAAGAAGUACACGAGCGCGGCCAAGUUCCUCCGCGAGCGACUCGAGAUGCGGAUCCAUCGUGUACCCCGGCACAUGCGCACUCGCACGCUCGCAGAGGUGUACAAGCAAGCGCAGCGGGCUGGCGUUGAGGCGACUGUUUCGCCUUUGAGGGAGCACAGGCAGGCUGUUGCGGCGCAUUAGGAAUUGAUACUUGAAGAUACCAGUGUUGUUGUGGGAUUUACGAUAUAAUAAUGAAAC